UGUAUCAUUCGUUCAUCCGUUUUUCAACAUGAAACCAAAACAAAAAAAAACGGAAAACCACUCGUAUUUUCAGUUUUUGUUUCCAAAACCAAAACGACAAAACGGAUAAUGGCUCGUUUUCCGAUUUCCCAUUUUGUGCUCAAAUCAAAAAUGGAACAAACGGAUAACGAGCGCUCAUGUCCGAUUUUGUUUUUUUCAUUUGAGACAAACGCCGUGACCCGGAAAUGACUGUACUGAGCUGAAAACUGGCAAACUUGCAAAGAAGUUUUAAUCAAAAUGGAGAAUUUUGUGUUGUUCCUGGGCAGCAAACGAGUCACUCUGAAGGAGGAGGAUAUGACCACAGAGAAGAUCUCGGUUAUAUUUCAGGUACAAAGGCAAAGUGUUUAUUUGACCGACGAUGCCAACGUAGCCAUUUUCCCCCAACCUCACGGCAGCUUCAAUUGCUUUGACCUCAACGACAGAGGCCAUUACGAGGUUCACGGUGACAGUAUUACUGUGGAAAGAUCAGCAGGGGCACUGCCCUCGGACCAUCCUGUCCGCUUCUCCUUCCACCGGACCCCUAGCACAGCCGCCAGCUCCUGGUCUCCAAUUCCACGGGCUACCAUGACCAAAGCUUUCCAGAGGAAUGUCUUCAUUGCUGAUGUACUGAAUGGAAAGCUGGAGACCAGCAAGAUGGUUACAGUCCGCCUCUCAGAGUUUGAGGCUUGUGUGCCAUCAAUCGUCAGUAAAGUGAAAGAGGCCCUUGGACAGGAGGAGUCCAUCAUUUUGACAGAUAGCCAGGGAAAUGAAAUAAUGGAUUCUGAAGGAACUAGGGGAUUAACAUACUGGAAGCAAAAUUCCAGAAAAGUCUUUGCAGUACCAGAAGAACAGAUAGGACUCCUACAAAGCAAUAAAAGGCGGAGACUGAGCCGAAGAGAAGAUACUGGCCUUCAAGAGGUUGUAGGUGACAUUCAAGAAGUCGUCGAGGCAGCCCAGGGACUUAAAGAUGUGUCAAAGGCGAUCAAGGAGUUGAGCGGAUUUGCACAUUCCAGACUGACAACAACACUGUCGCUUUCGGAGGCUGAAGUCACUUCUUUAAAAGCUGUCUUUGGCUGUGUUGUCUGCACAGGUCCUAUUGAUAAACCAAUUUUCUCAACCUGCUGCAGAAGCUUAAUUGGAUGUAAGGGAUGUAUUGAGGAGUGGAGCAGCACCCAUUCUUACUGCCCAAAGUGUCGGGCUGAAGACUUGGAGAACAAUAAUCACGAAGUGGCUGGACUCUCUGAAGCAUUGGCACCACUGGAGAAGAUAUUCAUUUAGUAUGUUGUAUUCACUACAGCAGCCACAAAUGUUUGUAAAAUGUUUAAUUACCGGUAUGUGCACUUUUGAGGUAUUAUUUAAGCAACCCCCUUUUUCAAGGUUGCAUAACAUGGCACAUUCAGUGGAGAGGCUGCCAGUACUCUUGUGAUUAAAAAUGUUGUAAUAUUUGUUGCGCUUCAAAUAUACUCUUACAGAAUAUGUUCUAGAACGUUUCAACUGUAACGUUUGUUUUUUCCAGUCUUACUCUGGCCAUGUGCACAGACGUAAAUGUAAAAAAUGCACUUUUGCCAUGUAGUACUGUGAACUUGUUACAUGUUACAAUGUUAAAUUAUUAUAUUUGUUAGAGUUAUGUAUUUUAUACUUGUUACACUGACCUUUUGGACAUUAAAAGACAUAUGAGGUCUCAA